AUGAACGGCGUAAUUGGGGCCAAGGGUGUUGGAAAGACAUCUAUUCUCACUAGGAUCUGCAAAGGCCGCCUCCCCAUGCCAGAAGAGCCCUACGACCCCCUCUACGAGCAAGGAUGCCGCCAAGUCACCGAGAUCGACGGCCAAAACUACACCAUCGACGCCCUCGAAAUGCCGUCCAAGCACCUAUGGCGCGACGACCUCGUCCAGCAAGCCAUCAACAUCACCGAGGCCGCCAUCGUCGUCAACCCGCUCGUGGAGCAGCAGCCCAUGGGCGUCGCGCCGGGGUUUCAGGCCGGCGGUGCCGUCAACGGCGUGCCGAGUGGCAGCGGCGCGCGAGAAUACGCGCUCCUCCUGGUGGGGAACAAGUCCGACGCCGGGGACGACGCGCGGAGGAUCGCGUACUCGGACGGGUCCAAGGUCGCGGCGUCGUGGCACGUCAAGACGAGCUUCAUGGAGGUCUCGGCCAUGACGGGGAACCAAAUCACCCUCUUGUUUCCCAAGAUCGGCAAGGAGAUACUGACCUUGCGCUCCAUCAACCAGCAGCGCAAGGAGUUUGCCGAGAAGAUGGAGAGGAUGAAGGCCGAGGCGCACGAGGUCCAGGUUAGGAGGAAGCAAGGUGGCCUUUGGCGGCGGCUGAGCCGGUCCUUUUUCACGAGGAGGGAGGUUGCCCAGAUUUGA